AUGCCUACUGUAUCUGUAUCUGCCGCACCCUCCUAUAUUACUCUACAAGAGCACCAUAAUCUGACUUCAUCGACUCCCGACUCGUUUGACUCCAUACCACCCGUAUUGAGGCAUAAGGAGGACAAUGUGUCUAUUACCCUCGAUCCACCCCUGUCUGGACUGGAAGGGGAGAAUAUCAAGGGUACGCUUUAUGUGAUCGAAAGCGUGCUGGUUUUCAUCUCUACCUCUGGCAGCGGCUUCCAGAUCGACUAUCCUUCCAUCACGUUGCAUGCCGUGAAGCGCACCCCCUCUGGACCGGCAAUCUACUGCCAACUAGACGAGACCCCAGCGGGGCAACCCUUACCUGAAGAUGAAGACAGCGAGAUGAGGGAGCUGUUGAUAACACCGGAAAGCGAGGACAGCGUGGAGCGAAUAUUUGAAGCGCUUUCCAUCUGUGCCGCGCUCCAUCCCGACAAAAAUAGCGGUGAUAAUGACGAGAUGGAAGACGAGAUGUUUGCAGACGCGGACGAAUCCCGUUUUGAGACAUUCACAGGAGGAGAGGAGGAAGAGCUUAGCGAGGUCGGCCGGGCAGCUUUGGAACAUCUGGAAUCUAUCAUCGUGUAUCCACCUGGUAUGGAGCCUCCUGCUACCGGGCGGACGACUAGGAUCAAUGGCGCUGUUGAGCGGGAGACUGUUGGAGGAGAGGAAACCCAUCACACACAGGCAGGGGACCAUCCUGACGGUACACGCUGA